ACGCAGUUAAAUAUUUUUUAAAUCCAGAGCAGCAUGCCAAACAGCUGGAUAUCAGUAAUAUUUAUGCUGUGUCUAUUUUGGCACAGCAGUUACGGCAAUGUGGGAAAACUUGUGUGCUACUACGAUGGGGCAAGUUUUGUCAGAGAAGGUCCCGCACAACUUUCCCUGCGUGAAUUAGAGAUUGCCUUAGGCUUUUGCAACAUUCUAGUCUACGGCUACGCUGGAAUUGAUGCCGAAACAUUUAAGUUGAAGAGCCUCAACCCACAGCUCACAUACAACCAGGAUCAUUAUCGUCACAUAAUUGCUCUCAAGCAAAAAUUUCCGCACGUUCGUUUUCUACUCUCUGUGGGCGGCGAUCGAGACUUAAACUCUGAAGGUGUUGUGGAGACGGAGACUUACUUGAGAUUGCUAGAGGAGCCUGAGAGGAGGAAUAGCUUUAAGCUUAGUGCCAUUGAAGAGCUGAGAAAAUUUGGCUUUGAUGGUCUAGACUUGGCCUGGCAGUUCCCCAAAAACAAGCCAAAGGUUGAGCGCGGUGCGAUUAAAAAGGCUUGGCAUGCAUUCAAAGGUUGGUUUAAAAACUCCUCCAUCGAUGAAAAAGCGGAGGAGCAUAAGGAACAAUUUGCCACAUUGCUGCGAGAGCUGGCGGUACAAAUGCAAACGAACGGUAUACUGUCGCUGACUAUGUUGCCGCAUGUGGAUGCCUCAUUGUUCAUUGAUGUGGCUAGCGUUAUGAACUACGUCGACUUUGUUAAUCUGGGCACCUAUGAUUUCCAAACGCCUGAGCGCAAUCCCAAGGUAGCCGAUAUACCAGCGCCUCUCUAUGCCAUGUACGAUCGGGAACCUUCGUUUAAUUUGGACUAUCAGGUGCAGUACUGGAUCAAUCAAACGGCCAAUGCUCAGAAGCUGCACAUUGGUGUUGCCACCUAUGCACGUGCUUGGCUAAUGUCUCGGGACUCGGGCAUCACAGGCUACCCGCCCAUUCCAGCCACCGAAGGAGCUGCACCAAUGGGUAAGCAAACGGGCGUUCCCGGUCUACUGAGCUGGCCCGAAGUUUGCGAAUUGCUGCAGGUGCCUUUCAACAAAGACAAGGCACCAUUGCGCAAGGUGGGGGAUCCAACUAAGCGCUUUGGCAUUUAUGCUUAUCACGCUGCCGAAGAUGAAGGUGAGAAAGGUAUCUGGGUGGGCUACGAAGAUCCCACAUCGGCGGCGAUUAAGGCUGGAUAUGUACACGCAAAAGGCCUGGGUGGAGUUGCUCUUUUCGACAUAUCACUGGACGAUUUUCGAGGCCAGUGCGCGGAUGAGAAGUAUCCCAUUUUGAGGAGCAUUAAAUACAAGCUAUAAGUAAUUGUUUAAAUAAACAGACGCUCUCAAGUUGAAGUCCAAUGAA